CGCCGCCCGCCAUGCGGCUGUUCGUGCGAGACCUCGCGGGCCGCGCGCGGCCCGUCGAGGCGAGCCCAGAGGCGAGCGUGGACGGCCUGAAGGAUCGAGCAGCUCGCCGCCGCGGUGGCGGUGCCGGCGGCCGAGCAGCGGCUGCUCUUCGGGGGGCAGGCGCUCGAAGGCAACGCGCGGCUGGGCGCCUGCGGGCUGACGACUCCACCGUUUUCCUCUCGCUGGAGCUUUCGGGGGGCGGCAAGAAGCGCAAGAAGAAGACGUACACCAAGCCAAAGAAGAUCAAGCACAAGCGCAAGAAGGUCAAGCUGGCAGUGCUGAAGUUCUACAAGGUCGACUCGAGCGACAAGGUUUCCCGCCUCAGGCGCGAGUGCCCCCACGAGCUCUGUGGACCGGGCGUCUUCAUGGCCAUGCAUUUCAACCGCUACUACUGCGGCAAGUGCCACCUCACCUACCUCAUCAAGAAGGGCGACGGUGACUGA